AACUAACCCAAGUCAAAAGGAAAUUAUAAACUCAGUUUUUGACCCUACUAGCAUCAUAAAGCUAUCCGUCACGCUUUUUUCUGUCCUGGUUGACUCAGCGCUCAACUCACCUUGUCAAAAUGGCGGAGCUGCCCGAGUCUAAUCCCAGUUCCACGCGUUUACCUUAUACUGAGAUAAUUGUAGUGCGUCACGGUGAAACAGAAUGGAAUGCUAAUGGAAGACUUCAGGGACAUCUUGAUGUUGAAUUGAAUGAUGCUGGGAGACAGCAAGCAGCUUUGGUGGCUGAUCGACUUUCCAAGGAGCAUAAAAUCUCUGCUGUAUAUUCUUCUGACUUGAAGCGAGCUCUUGUGACUGCAGAGAUCAUUGCUGCUAGCUGUGGUGGCUUAGAGGUUAUUAAAGAUGCAGAUCUACGGGAAAGACAUUUAGGAGAUCUUCAAGGCCUUGUACUACAAGAUGCUGCCAGAGUUAGUCCUCAAGCUUACCAGGCCUUUAUAAAUCGUAGAACCAAUCAAGAUAUUCCAGGCGGUGGAGAGAGUCUCGAUCAACUUUAUCAGCGAAGUAUAUCUUCUUUGCAAAGAAUUUCUAGGAAGCAUAGAGGAGAGCGAGUUGUUGUGGUUACUCAUGGGGGUGUCAUUAGGGCCUUGUACGGGCAGGCUUGCCCCAAUAACAAGCCUGCAGGAAAGGUUUUGAAUACAUCUGUUAAUAUUUUUCACAUAUUUGAUAGGAAUAAGUGGACUGCAAAAGUUUGGGGUGAUGUUAGUCAUCUGAACCGGACACAAUACAUGGAGUCCGGUUUUGGAGGGGACACAACUUCCGGCUAGUUCGUUCAUUGUGUGCUGAGGCUCACUUUGCAAUUAUUUCAAACUUCAAUACUCCAAAAGGGGAAAAAGAAUGCCGAGGGAGGGAAGUCAAUUUGACAUUGUGGAAAGAAAUGGUCUCUUUUUCGGAUGAGACUUACCUACUUUAGGUGUAUACAUAAUAACGAAUAGGUGAGUGUCUUAUAUUUUAGCAUUAAAACAUUAAAACUAAUAUUCAUUUAUCGACCUAGCCUAUAGGUGAAGACAUACACUUCAGAGUAGGUAGAUAUUCUCAUGUUUUUCAUUAUUGUCUACACAUUUAUUGGAACAGCAUACUUUUACGGCCUUGUUAAAAUGUGAAAGAAUUGCUUCUUCAUGGA